GGGGUGCUUGUCUAGUAUUGCUCUGCCAUCCACCCAGACAUUUCCAAAGACGGCUGGUUCUGUCCCUGCCAACUGGUCACAUUAAGUUUUAGUGGAGAUGGAUGUUAUUGGCUUAGUUUGCCUGGUUCUGGAUGUGUCUCCCUGCCUGGUGUUUACUUGGUAAGUGCAAGGUUCCGGGUAACCACCCCCUGCCCCAGCACCACACCAUCCCAAAAGGUAAUCUUUAUUCCACUGAAAAUUGGAUGGCUAAGAUAAGAAAUACUAUCCCUUGAUGUAGUGUUUGCCACACCAUUCAUGGAAACAAUAUUUAUUGAGUACUUACUAUGUGCUGCUGCGUCCUGGGAAUUAAUGUUGACCACUAGGGCUUCUCAGCGUUUUCACAUUUUGAAAGAAUUUUACUACCCCUGUAUCAUCUGUGUAUUUUAAAUCGUUGCCGUUACCCUUCCCAACAGACUCCUUGUAAAUGCAGUUCUUUGUGUUAGAGAACAUUACAUGUCUGGAGUCUUUUUAUUCCUAGGAAUGAAUUAGAACUGUGCAACUCAGUACCUGACACGCCCAGGAUGAUGCUUCGUCAAAGAGAUUUUAAGGAUGGCCAUUGUACUUAUUUUUAGGACAGAGCUCCAAGCAGCUCGUGGAUCGAAUCAGCGAGUAGCUGUCAGAGCUGCAAGAGCAGAGCUCUUUUCACGUCCUGUCAAGCAGCCAGCCCGUUUUACUUCACUGUGCAAGUCUCACAUUAUAAGAACAUUCAGUAAUAUCACCUUACAUAGCUAAAAGACAGAAGCUUAUCCACGUGUGCAUGUUGCGAAUGUUCUUUGCAUAUUUCUAGACCUUGUUACAGCUGUGAAUUGGUGCUUGCAAUAGGAAAUUGCUCCUUAGCAAAUGUCCCCUCCCACUCGGCCCUGGAGAGGGCCGGCAGAUAAACGAUUGCACAGUUGGGUUUGCAAGCAGAAGCCAGGGUAGCCUGUGGACUUGCUGUUUUAAAGUUACUGAGCUGAGGCUCUGUAGCCCAGGCUACCCUCCCUCACAGUCACACUCCAGAGUGCUGGGAUUAUUGGAGUACCACACUUCCAUGGCUAGCAAAUAUCUAUUUUUGACCUCUGCUAGGUCAUAGAGCCUUCUGGAAAGGACUGAGAGAGUAGAAUUGCUACAGAGUGCUUGAGAGAGAUCCAAACCAGCUUUCAGGAUACAGAGUCAGCAGAUGCACGGCUACAGAGUCCAGGCCCAGUCUGUCUGUCAGAGCUUUCCAGUAUUGACAAUGAUUGGCUCAUCUGGAGACAGGAAGCCGUUCCAGCUCUACUGACUGAUUUUUUUUUAAUUGGCCAAAGGUUUCACUCAGUUCUGAGCAUGCUCCAUCAGUUUCGCAUCUGUAGUAUAAAAUGUCCAGACCGCCAGCUGGGUAUGAUUACAUUCAUGUGUAAGCUCAUUGCCCAGGGGCUGGAGGCAGGAGAGCUGCAUUCGACACCGUCCUGUUUUAUAGCGUGGCUGUCUCAACACAGAGUUUUAUUUUGUUAAAGGUUGUACUGACUCAGAUCAAAGACUGGGACAGUCCUGUUGGUUUGUCCCUCUGACAAGGGUAGCCAGGAAUCCAUGUCAGAGUGACAGAUCACAUCUCAAGAUUGGAGACAGAGAGAGAUUUGGUAAGGUCACAUGGUCCCCAUCAAAGACAUUCCCCAAGUGAACUAAGGACCUUCCUCUGGGGUCUCCCCAAGAGAGUCCAUGGCACCUCCUAAUACUUUCACCCUAAGGACUGAACUUUAAUCUUGAACUUUGGAAGACAUCGACCAUCCAAACUAGCACUGGUGAGACAUACACUCCAGCAGACACUCUGUCCUGCCCCCAUGUUUAUGCCCCAUUACAAAGUAAAGGAUCUUUCUAAGUCCCACAGGUUCUGUACGUUAAAGGUAGGAUCCCGAGCCUGAAGAGUGCUUCCUUCCCAUGCUGUGUGCGGUCUCAGGGACUGUAUGAACCCUGUUUCGAGGGGGAGAGACAGGAGGAUGAAAAGUUUAAGGUAAUCAUCAGAUACGUGCUUGGCUACAUGGAACUCUGUAUCAAAGCAAAACAAAACACAGAAUAAUUUGGGGGAAAUUUUUAACAUCUUAACCAGAUGAUUAUGAAAAGGACGAAAUGCUGCUGUCAUUUGCGAAUCUUGGCCUUGUCCUGCCACCUGGUGGUGAUUCUUGGUAAAGAACAUGCUGGGCUGGGCAUGACCCUAAAAAUUAUUCCUUCAAAAGAAGGAAUGCUAUUCAGAAGCUGAGUGUGCUCACACGAUCUGUAACCCUAGCACUUAGGAUACAGAGGCAGAAGGAUUUGAGUUCAAGACAAGCCUGAGCUAUGUAGUAAGUUCUGUAUCAAAAAGAUGCACAUUCGCCCGCACGCAGAGUUCAAACCCUAGUAACCCAGUGUAGUGUUACUCUGUGGUAGAGUUCUUGCCUAGUGCUUCCCAAGCUGUGAAUUCCAUCCUUGCAUUUGGAAGAUAAAGGCUAUUUGGAAGUUUUCUGUUAAUAGUGUUCCUUAUUUUCUAGAAAGGUGCAGGAGUCAUAGUUUAAAAUUAUUACAGGAUUUCUAAAAAGGAUAUUGUCUGUAAUAUAGAGUUAUUGGCUUUAAGUAAUGAGCACCAGCGGUGAGCCUAUCCCAGACACUGAGGUGACUCUUUUGUAAACGCUUCUAGUUUGGUGGGACUCUGGCUCUGCUCCUCAGAGAACAUCAGUUAGGGAUCUGGGCAAACUAGGAAGUUUUGAACUUCUAGCAUCUCAGUUGUCCCUAGAGUAGAGACACUUGAGUUAAACACUAUGUUUAUCUAGCAUCUUAACAUUUUCAAAAUUAUUGUUUGUGUUUUGUUUGUCUGUGUUUGUUUGUGUACCAUGUAUGUGCCUGGUAUGAGAGGAAUUAGAAGAGAAUGUUAGAUCUGUCUCCUGGAGCUGGAGUGAUACACGGUUGUGAGUUGCCGUAAGGUGCUAGGACUCUAACUGGGGUCCCCUGGUCCUCUGCAUGGCAGUGCUCGUAACUACUGAGCCAUCUCUCCAGCCUCUAGUCCUCAACUCUUUCUAUAUGUAACACUGCAUUGUAGUUUUACAAGCAGUUGAAAACGUCUUUGAAUAAUUAGAUUGCUCUCACGUUAACUUUAUUAUAAGACAGAAUCUUGUUCAUCAUGGGCUGCCCUUGAACUCACCAUAAAACCUUGACCUUCUGACCCUCCUGCCUCCACCUCCCAUGGGCUGAGAUGACAGGUGUGGACCUCUGUGCCUGUCUAUGUAGUACCAGCGAUCAAACCAUUCAUACAAGGUGUCUUAGGGUCUUAUUGUUGUGAAUAGACCCCAUGACCAAUGUAAGUUUUAUAAAGGACAACAUUUAGUCGGGGCUGGCUUACAGGUUCAGAGGUUCAGUCCAUUAUCAUCAAGGCAGGAGCAUGGCAGCAUCCAGGCAGGCCUAGUGCAGGAGGAGCUGAGUUCUACAUCUUCGCCCAAAGGAAGCCAGUAACAGACUGAUUAUCCCCAGGCAGCUAGGAGGAGCAUCUCUAAGCCCACCCCCACAGUGACACACUUCCUCCAACAAAGCCACACCUUCAAAUAGUGCCACUCCCUGGCCAAGCAUAUGCAAACCAUCACACAAGGCAAGCAUUCUGCUGCGUCCACCCCAGUUCUUCUAGGAGUUGGGUCCCAGGAUGUCCUUACAGUGGUGUGUUCUGUUCCGGGAUGGCACCAAGCCCAGCAUGUUUUGAAUCUACCAGGUGCAAGAGAAUGAAGUCGGGUAAAGCCCGGUAAGGCAUACACGUGACACCAAGAUGUAUAUCUGGUAUGGAGUAAGUUCCACAAAAGACAGGAGGAAUGUAUAAAGAAGAGUUGUGGCUCUCAGCCACUUGUGCUCACAGGUCCUGAGGAAGAGUGCUUCCCUCCCAUGCUGAGGACUGUAUAAACUCAGUAUGGUGUUACCUGUUCUGCAAUCUCACCCCUCUCUGCCAGAAUCACAGAGGUUUAAGGUAGUCCUGAGUUUACAUAAACUAAGACCACACUUGAGGGGAAGGAGGCGGGUUCUGAGAGGUGUAGUAGCCAAGCCGGGUCAUGUAGAUCCAUGAUAUUGCAAAGAACACGGAGUAGUGUCGUUUGGUUUAGUGUACAGCAAUCCAGGUUAAGAUGCAAUAGUUAUGGUCAGGUCAACCAUACUCUCUGUCUCUGAGCAGAGAAUCCGUGUUACCUGGUGAACACCAAAGAGCCAGGAAUGUGACAGAGAGACAAGCCAGGCUCAGCACUCUGGAGAAGACAUUCAGAAGGAAAGGUGCCAGUUAAUAUCAAAAAGCCUGCAGGUGAUAGGACAAGGCCACAGUGGACAGGAGCUGAAGACUAAGCCCGAGUGAAUAAAAUUCCAGAAGGUGAAGAACCCCAGAGCUAGUCAUACAGCCAGGCUGUGAACAGCUAAUGUGUGCCAGAUGAUGUGGGGCCAUUGUUCACUACAAAGCCACCACUAUGCUCAAAAUGAGGAUGAGGUGCCAGCUGUUAACGAUAGUGACAUUUGUAAAGCUAGGCUAUAAAGAUCACCGAAUUUGAGGUCAGCCUGGACUACUGAGCAAGGCUCUAACUUGGGACUAACCAGUCCCUUACACAGGCUGCUGUGAGGUUAGCCUGGGCUGACCAGUCCCUCCACACAGACUGGUGUGCAGGUAAGCAAAGUAUCACAGUAUAUCACUGUGUCUGUCAGAGACUUGCUUGCACGUGAGGAUGCCAGGGGACUAAACUACUAUGCUGGGGGAGCUGCAGAUGGCUACCUAACUUUUGUGCAGCUGUUUGAGUGGAGAGACAGUAGGUCUAGAUGCAUUUGAGAAGGACCUGGCUUGGAGCUGUGGACUUGGACUUCACCCGGUAGGCAUCGAGGGAGAGAAUGAGCAGGUGUAAGGGGGGACCUGUGGAGUCAGAGUUGACUGGUUCAGCCUUGUGGAGGAGCUGUCACGCCCCUGAGUCUAUUCCACAGGUCAUGAGACCUGCACGUAGGGGAGGAGGGCAUGGACUGCAAAGUCCUUUAGCCUUUCUAUGUUCAGUGAGUCAUUGAGAAUAUUUCUGGGACAGGAUCAGUGGUGCUAUUGCCACAUGAGAAGCACUUUGCCUUUGGAUGCCACCAUUAAACAAGUCACAAACUUCGUGGCCUGGGAUGCAAAAGGAAGGGCUUCUUCUUUGGCUCUGUAAGAACCCUGCUGCUAAAAUAGAGUGCCCCUCCCGCUCAGAGCCGUGGAGUCAUCCAGCAGGGAAACAGUUAAUUUGGGCCAGUUUUCAGCUUGAGUGAAUGACUCCAGGGCCUUCUGAUGCUGCUGCCUCUGUGCUGUUCAGUGGACGUCCAGGAAACCCUGGCACAGUUUAGGCACUUGGCAAGUCCUGAGGUGUUGCUUCUGGGAGGUUUUGAUGGCUUAGACAUUAUGUCACACAGCCAUCCCUACAGCCAGGAAGAUGAUGUUACAUCUACACAAAUGUAGCUGGGCAUGUGUAUGAAGCUUGGGUUCAAUCCCCAGCACCCAUAAACCAGGCCUGGAGGUGCAUGCCUGUGGUUCCAUCACAUGGGAGGUGAUCUGCUACUACAUGGUGAGUUCACGACCAUCCUGAACUAUAUAAGACCCCAUAAGGAGAAGGCAGGUAGGCUGGUUGGCUGUUGAGACCGCUCAGCAGGUACAGGCACAUGUCACCAAGCCUGACAGCCUGGGUUCUAACCCCCCCCCCCCCAACCCUCAUGGUGGAAGGAGAGAACCAAUUUCCACUACUCCUCUGACUUCUACUCUUUGACCAUAGCAAUCAUGUACAUACAUACAUACAUACAUACAUACAUACAUACAUACAUACAUACAUAGGUGUUUCAAAAAUCCAUGUUUAAAAAGAAAAAGGGGAUGUAAGGGAGAAAUGUAGCGAUUCCAGAAAACCUCAAGAUUAACUUAGCCACAUGAUAGGAAGCUUAUAGCCUGAUGACUGUCAGGAGAUGAGCAACUGCUGUAAUAGCCCAGUUCGGGGCUGUUGCCUUCCCACACUCCCCAGGCCUUUUACAGUCAGUGUACACUCACAGCUCAGGAGGGGCUCCUGCUCAUAGGCUUUAAUGUCUCUGUGCGGUUGUUGCUCAUUGCCUUAGCCACUGGCCAGCAGCCAGUGCUGUAGGUUUGCUGUAGGUUUUCUUUUCUUUUUUUCCUUCUUUUUGUUGUUGUUGUUUUGGUUGGUUGGUUUUGUUUUUCAGUCAGGGCUUCACUGGGUAGCCCAAGCUGGCCAAAUGUUGAUAGGUAGAUCAGGUUGGCCUCAAACUCACAGAGAUCCACCUGCCUUUGCCUUCCUAGUGCAGGGAUUAAAGGCACGUGCCACCAUGCUGGGCUGUGCUUUUUAAGGGAACAAUGGCAAAUUGUCCUCCGUGUUUACAUGUGCCAUAGCAGGUCUCACGAUUCAGUUUUUUUGUUGUUGUUGUUGUUUUUGUUUUUGUUUUUUUUUUACUUUUUAGCUAGAUAGUAGGUAGAUCGCAACUUUAUGCAUUCAUGAACACACACUAGUGAGACAGAGGUAAGAGGAUGUCUGUAAGUUCAAGGCCAGCUUGGGCUAUGUAUUCAAACUUCCAAAUAAAACGAGCAAAAGCAUUAGAUUUUUGGAGAGAUGCAGAGCCAGCGGGGAUUCCGAUGCAGUGUACUCUGGAAUGGGUGCUUUCGGGAUGGAGGCGGAGUCCCACCAUCUGCCGAGGCAGGAUGGAGACCCAGCAGGCUGCUGAUGUGCUUCAGUCUGUUUGAAGGCCUGAGAACAGGGCAGAGAUGUGAAAGCUGCUGUCAGUCCCGGGUUGAUGAGCCAAAGUAGCACCAGAUACGAGACUGAUAACCCUACUCAGUGAGGAGUACCCCAUUCCUGCGCUCUCUGUGGAAUAGGUGGAGUCGGCCUAUAUCUAGUCAGGGUGAGUGUGGAUCUUUUUACCUGACCCAUUGACUCCCAUGCUGACUGGAAACACCUCACAAAAACACCCAGAAGCAAUGCUUUAUUGACUACCAGGACGCCCAGCCCAAUCAAAGGGACCUACACUGUUAGUCACCACAGAUGAUUGCAGAGAAUCAUUCCUGCUCUGUCCUGUCUCACUGUUAGUCAUGCCUUCUGAAGCACUAAAAUUUCAUGGUUCCUCUCUCCCAGUUCUGAACAUUGAACCCAGGCCUCUGAGAACGCUAAGCAAGCACUUGCACUGAGCUCCACCCACAGCCAAGCUUCCUAGGAUUGCUGAGGUUAGCCCCUCUAUGCUGAGAUAGCCCCUCUAUGUAACUCAGGCUGGCCACAAGCUCACAGUCCUCUUGUCCUAGCUUGCCAAGUGUUAGGACUACUGGGUAUACACUUAUCACAUCUACCUCGGAUGUGGUUUCUUUCUUUAAAGGGUGUUUGCAUUUGUUUGUUGGGCACCACAGCAUGCUUGCUGUGCUCAGGGACAGCUCGUGGGAGGAGUCCGUUCUCUCCUCCACUGUGGAGGUCCCAGGGAGGGAAUUUGUGGUCAGGUGCUGCAGCAGGCUCCUUUGUGCCAGUUUACGUUCAUGCUCUUCUGAGAGGCUUUCGCCUGUGCUCCCCCUUUAUUUCUCUUUUGGGGGAGAAAAAUAAUCCAGAGUGCAAAGGGAGCCCAUCCUGGCAGCGCAUGUCUUUAACUCCAGCACUCCAGGCUGAGGCAAGAAGAUGGCUCAUUUCAGGACAGCCUGUGUUAUGCAUGAAGACUCUGCUCUUCAUUCUAUCACACACACGCACACAUGCACACUCGCACACACACCAGUGCCCCCCCCAAAAGGGGAGAAAACAAGAAAAGGGUUGUCUGCAGAAACAUGAAAUUAAACAUUCAGACCUUGAGCCCUUGUGAAGUAGCCCUUACUUUUAUAAUGGAGUCAUUUUCCAACUCAGUCUUUUCAGAAGUUGUUUCCGUCUCCUCUGAGAAACUUGUUCCCUGCUACUCCGCACAAACUCUCUGCUCUUUUUAUGUGAUAGGUUUCAUAGCAUUCUGAUGGACCCUUGAACUUACCAACACGUCUAGGCAUAAUGGCACAGGCUCAUGGGAGGCCAACCUGGGCUACAUAGUUCCAGGCCAGCCUGAGCUACAUGUGAAACCCUAUCUUAGGGGACAAAAACUUCUAAGAUUCUCUCUAAACGCUGAAAUCUGAAGGAAAGCCAGUGUGCACAGGGUUGUCAGGCUUCCUGUGACUUUUAUCUAAGCUAGUUUGUUUCUGCUGAAAUGUCAUCAAAGAGGAUUUGGCUCUUGAAAACUCCAAGGGCAAGGCCUGUGGUGAGCACCUGUAGUUCCCAAACUUGGGAAGACAAGGCAGGAGGAUCGAUAGAGUUCAUGUGUCCUAGGCCAAAUCCGAAGCAUAAAGGAGGCCUCCUUUCUUUUUAAAAAAAAAAGAAAAAAAAAAAAGGAGGGGGGCUGGAGAGAUGGCUCAGUGGUUAAGAGCACAGACUGCUCUUCCAGAGGUCCUGAGUUCAAUUCCCAGCAACCACAUGGUGACUCACAACCAUCUGUAAUGGAAUCUGAUGCCCUCUUCUGGUGUGUCUGAAGACAGCUACAGUGUACUCACAUACAUGAAAUAAAUAAAUCUCUUUAAAAAAGAAAAAAAGAAAAGGAACCUCAUGAAAUAAACAGCAGGGGGAAGGGAAUCAAAAUCACAGAGCUGCUUUCCAGAGCAGUUCCUCAUUCCCACCUCUCAAAACUUACACAACACUUAUGAAGCAAGUGUUUUAAUCUGGUGCAUGGAUGCUGUGUAAUAAUCAUAGCGAGGUGACACGCUGUGUCCGUUGUCUUUCCCACUGCAUGUUUCUUUCAUGAUCUGUUUUAUUAUGUGGGUCAGAGUCCUUGAACUCCUGAUCCUCCUGACAUCACACCUAUCCUUUUUGAGGGGAGAAGGGAAGAGUAUUUGCUAUGUUGCUCAGGCUGGUCUCAAGCUCUGGAUUCAGGUGUCCUUCCUACCCCAGCCUCUGGACUAACUGGGACCACUUUUGAAUACUCCAGACCCACAGACCUGGACUUAGCCUAAGAUAUAUUUCAUUUUUCAUCCUUGAAUCUUUUUUUUAAAAAAAUAAGUUAUUUAUUUACUUUGCAGCAAAUGGAUGGGAAUUAAAUUUUGAUCAUUGAAUGAAGUUACUAUCUUCUCUUCCCAAUCUGGGGAACCAAAUUAAAGGCCAAUCCAAAAGCCAUGGCCCUUCCCCAGUGUAUCAUAUUAAUGUUAGGAGUAGCAGUAAUAAACCUUCUAGUACCCAUUAUUAAUAAACUCUUAACCACUCUAGCAUUUAUGAGAGACUAGUAUUUGAGUGCUUUGUUUAUCACAUGCCAGACCCUCAGCACUGAAGAGAAUAUAAGAUAGUCACAUUAAUGUGACCCGGCGUCAUAGUAUUUUGACAGUUUUCUCUCAGUUAGUGACUUGUUUAAUUUGGGGCUAGAAAAUCAUAAUAAGCCUUGACUGAAGUCCUAAAAUAAGAAGAGUCAGUUUCAGUAUUCUUUCCUAAGAGAAAUUCUGGCUGCUGGCUAAGAAAUGUUUUAGCCUGUAUGUUUUUGUUGCCAACUUUCUCUUUCUAAGUUUUUCCUGUGUUAAGAUCAGAUUGGAGAUUCCUUUCUGGCUGGCAGGGUGACAGAGAUGCCAUCUGCCUACGUCUGCUGAUCUUAUCAGACAAUAUCAGACAGUUUAUUAGUUUGUUGUAUGGGGGGGGUCCUCCUGAGUAGCCCAGGUUGGCCUUGUCUUCUCUGUCUUCCUGUCUGUACCUGAUGGGUCAUAAGUCCUACUGCAGUCUCUGCACUUUCUUUGAACUCUGAAAAACUCACUCAUCGGCGAUCUUAGGAGCUCCUCCUUAAUAUCCUAGGAUAUAUAUGUAAAACUCACACAAAUGCACAUCAAUGCCAUGUUGCUCAGGCUGGCUUCAAACUUCUUGUUGAUUGCAACGACGACCAACCAUCCCACGAGUCUGGAAGCCACAAGUUCAAAGUCACAGUGUGUCAGAAUCCAGUCUCUGUGAGGCUCGCCCUUCUCCAGCCUCUGGUAGAAGUGACAAUCAUCAGGCUUGUUACUGCGUCACUCCCUGUCUGGGGAUAGAACUCAGUUCUUAGAACACCUGCCUAGCACUAUGUAACCCCCCAAAUUGGGAAGUGGAGGCAGAAAUAUCAAAGUUCAAGAUCAUCUUCAGCUACAGGUCAAGACUGAAGCUGACGUGGGCUACAUAAAACCCUGCAUCCAGAUAGAUAAAUCAGCACCAGUGUCUAUUCCAUCCAUGAGUAGCCUGCUUCCUUUGUGUGUGUAUCCAAAUUCUCCUUAGGGUAUAAAGUCAACAGCCACUGGUUUAGAGCCCACCUAAUCCAGGGAGAGCCCAUUCAAAAGUGAUCACUCUCCAAAGCACACUGGCAGGCACUUGGAGUGGCUAGACCAUCCGUCUGGGGACACUCACCAGCUAACCCUGUGCACACUUACUGCCCCUGAAGACAUGCUAUCACACCAGGUGCCUUUAAGCAUUUAUUUUUAACCUCCAGUUAAAUAAUUCGUAGAAAUUCCUUUUGCAGAAAUGUUUCAAGGAAGCAGUUUAUAUUAGUUUGUGUAGUCUUUUAUUUUUGGAGCUGAAAAAAAAAAAAAGAAGUCCUGUAUAGGAAGAAGAUACUGCUCACUAACUAACCAGGAAAGCCACUUUAGAAUAGUUACGCAAAGCAGGAGUUAAAAGGGCAGUCCCCAGAGUGCAAGGUCUGUUUACAAAGGUUUAUGACUUGGGUGUGACUUGGUGGUUCAAGCUUCAGGGACUUGGAGACUCGUGAGUUGAGCCUGCUGGACUGGACCAGGCAGAGGUCUGCAUGACCGUGUAGAGCCCUGAUCACAGAUUUUAGAAGACCUGAACUCUGGGACGCAUGGAUGUGGUCAACUGCCUGUUCCUCCAGUGUGUCUGUGGGCCGCCCCUGCCCAUUGCUAGAUCUCAGGUGGUGACUGAGGAUGACUGGCGGCAGGGCUCAGCCCUGGAGGAGGAGCAGAAUGAGGCACCUCGAAUCUCCAGGAGGAAGUGGGGCUCCGGGAGGCGCACCGGGCCACGACCGCUGUCUGACUAUGGCCAGCUGGCCAGCAGAAGCUUGUCCAUUCCCGAAGAUGCCAUUGCAACAGAUCCUCCAGGUGAAGACCGCGUGGACAGGAUGCACCCAGCAAGUGUGACCACCACCAGCCAGGAUCCAUGCACCUCCUCAGGCUGUCCCAGGGGAGGCCGGAGAAGGCGACCUAUAUCUGUGAUCGGAGGGGUCAGCUUCUAUGGCAACACCCAGGCAGAGGAUGUGGAGAACCUCUUGGUCCAACCAGCAGCCAGGCCUCCUGUGCCUGCACACCAAGUUCCACCCUACAAGGCUGUGUCUGCCCGCCUCCGGCCCUUCACCUUCUCCCAGAGCACUCCCAUCGGGCUGGACCGUGUGGGGCGUCGACGGCAGAUGAAAACAUCCAAUGUCUCUUCGGAUGGAGGUGCGGAGUCCUCGGCCUUAGUGGAUGACAAUGGUAGUGAGGAAGACUUCAGCUAUGAGGAGCUCUGCCAGGCCAACCCUCGAUACCUCCAGCCGGGCGGGGAACAGCUGGCCAUCAAUGAGCUCAUCAGCGAUGGCAGCGUGGUCUGUGCAGAAGCACUGUGGGACCAUGUGACCAUGGAUGACCAGGAACUAGGCUUCAAGGCCGGAGAUGUCAUCCAGGUCCUGGAAGCCUCCAACAAGGACUGGUGGUGGGGCCGGAAUGAAGACAAAGAGGCCUGGUUCCCUGCCAGCUUUGUUAGGCUUCGAGUCAACCAGGAGGAGCUGCCCGAGCCCUGCAGCAGCUCCCAGGGGGAGGAGCAGGACGAGGACGCCAGCAAAGCCCGCCACAAGCACCCCGAGAGCCAGCAGCAGAUGCGGACCAACGUCAUCCAGGAGAUCAUGAACACCGAGCGAGUGUACAUCAAGCACCUCAAGGACAUCUGCGAGGGCUACAUCCGACAGUGUCGUAAGCACACGGGAAUGUUCACCGUUGGGCAGCUAGCCACUAUUUUCGGAAACAUUGAAGACAUUUACAAAUUCCAAAGGAAGUUUCUGAAAGACCUCGAGAAACAGUACAACAAAGAAGAACCUCACUUAAGUGAGAUAGGAUCCUGCUUUCUUCAGCACCAAGAGGGCUUUGCCAUCUACUCUGAGUACUGUAACAACCACCCAGGAGCCUGUGUGGAGUUGUCCAACCUCAUGAAGCAGAGCAAGUACCGGCACUUCUUUGAGGCCUGCCGCCUGCUCCAGCAGAUGAUCGAUAUAGCCCUGGAUGGCUUCCUCCUCACACCGGUGCAGAAGAUCUGCAAAUACCCGCUGCAGCUGGCUGAGCUGCUCAAGUACACCACCCAGGAGCACAGCGACUACAACAAUAUAAAGGCGGCCUAUGAAGCCAUGAAGAAUGUGGCCUGCUUGAUCAAUGAACGCAAGCGUAAGCUAGAGAGCAUCGACAAGAUCGCCCGCUGGCAGGUGUCCAUCGUGGGCUGGGAGGGCCUGGACAUUCUGGACCGAAGCUCCGAGCUGAUUCACUCCGGAGAGCUAACCAAGAUCACCAGGCAGGGCAAGACCCAGCAGCGAGUCUUCUUCCUGUUCGACCACCAGCUGGUGUCCUGCAAGAAGGACCUGCUGCGCAGGGACAUGCUAUACUACAAGGGCCGCAUGGACAUGGAUGAGGUGGACAUUGUGGAUGUGGAGGAUGGGCGGGACAAGGACUGGAACCUCAGCAUGCGAAACGCCUUCAAGUUGGUCAGCAAAGCCACGGAUGAGGUUCACCUGUUCUGCGCCAGAAAGCAGGAGGACAAGGCCAGGUGGCUGCAGGCCUAUGCGGACGAGAGGCGGCGGGUGCAGGAAGACCAGCAGAUGGGAAUGGAAAUCUCAGAAAAUCAGAAGAAACUCGCCAUGUUGAACGCCCAGAAGGCAGGACAUGGGAAAUCUAAAGGCUACAACAGCUGCCCUGUGGCCCCACCCCACCAGAGCCUGCCACCCCUCCACCAGCGCCACAUCACUGUGCCUACCAGCAUCCCGCAGCAGCAGGUCUUCGCCUUGGCUGAGCCCAAGAGGAAGCCAUCGCUGUUCUGGCACACCUUCCACAAACUCACCCCAUUCCGGAAGUGAGCCUACCCAGGGGGCACCUCUGAGGUACUGUGAGGAGGAAGACCAGUUUUGUCUCUUCAGCGUGAUGUCCAGGGAUGGCUUCUUGCUCAGUGCUGAACACUUCAUUUGGGGAUCGAUGAAGGGGAAAAGAAGUUGGACUCAGCUUUGACCUUGAGAGGCCCCGGCACCCUUGUGGAAGGGAGGAGGCCAUGAAGCACUGCUCUGUCCCACACUGGAAGCCAUACUCUCCGAUGGCCAUGAUAUAGGGACCAGGGCCUCUCUGCAUGGAGACUGCUGACUCAGUUAUCCCCUGUGAGUUUCCCACUGACAGUCACACUCCUGCUGCAGUUCCAGACGGUAUCAGGAGCCUUUCAGUGCCUCAGGAGCAACUACAUUAAGGACGGCUUCUGUGUUUGAUCUUAAGAAGCUCACUGACCAGUUGGUAGGAUGUUGGCAGCCAUGGGAUAACCUGGGGUCAGAUCAGGCCCAGAAGAGACCAGGAAGGAGCUAGAGCCAAUGGGGCAGGUGCCUACAGUUCUCUAAGGUGUAGCAGAUGCCAGGCUAGAGUGUAGGUCUCACCCUGCGAGGUUCCUUAUUCACAAGAGAGUCAGGAGGGAAGGCUGCUGCCACCUGACUUGUCCCUCCCACCUCUUCAAACAGAGGUGACGCCUUGCUCACCCCUCACUACCUAAGAACCUGCCACUCUCGGAAGUAAGGGUGACAUGAACCGUUUAACUUUGGUAACCUGUGCAGCAGCAGCAGCCAUUUGCAUCACCAGUGGGAUGAUGAGGACACUGGCAUCCACAGAGAAAACAAGGGGUGAAACUGUCCUGCUUCUUGGGGAAAUGGAAACACCUCUGUCACACGACCCCAAAACAGUAGUACUGGAGGCUAUGCCAGCUGGGGAAUAGUCUUGAUGGCUCCUUAGCUCUGAGAGAGCUGUCUCUUAAAGAGGACUACACAAACUGACACCCACAGAGAGGAACCUUUCUCUGUUGACACUGACUUGAUGGAAAUGCCUUUCCACUGAUCUGAGGGAGACUGGCUCUGCAUUUUAAUCUACAUAGUGGGCUGGUCAGGAGAGAUCCUGCCGUGCAGCUCAUGCGUUCCUUUUAGACAAACGUGUUCUUGUGUGCUGUUCUUGCAAGGUCCUCACCUCUCAUCAGCUCUCCAUUGAGACCAAACAAGUCUGCAGUGUUAGAGGUAAAGGUAUUGGUCAGUCAUUGCACAGUUCACCUUGUCUCCAUAUCUAUGCCUGGAAAACAAAUGACGUCACAGCAAAUAACCUUGAUCCUGGACUUCAGCCCUGCUGUGCACCCUGGCAUGGUCAUAGGCAGCACUGCUAAGGACAGUAGUCGGUGGCCCCAUAGCUGUGUCUGUGUGCUACAAAGUGGUUUAAGUGCACAGAGCAUGCGCAGUGUGUGUGUGUGUGUGUGUGUGUGUGUGUGUGUGUGUGAGAGAGAGAGAGAGAGAGAGAGAGAGAGAGACCUCAACUUCAACUGACAGGGAGAGAGAGAGACAGAGAGAGAGACAGAGAGAGAGAGAGAGAGAGAGAGCGCUCAACUUCAACUGACAGGUUUGAUUGGUUGGUUUGUGUUUGAUUGUUUUUUUGUUUAUUUGUUUAUUCUCUAAUAGAAUGUAAUUAUAUUUUAGAAACCACGCUAGUGUACUUUUCUCUGCUCCAGUGUGUACAUGCAGCAGUUCCCACAGAUGUGUUGUUAAUAUGAAAAUUGCUUUAAAGAUGUGAGUAGCCACUGGUCCUGUUCAUUUUCACUGAGGAUUCCUCUUGAGUCAGAGCCUUGCUGCAGGCUCCGUUUGCUGUUACGGCUGACGACAGUGAAGAAGUAAUAGCUUAUGUUUGUGACCCAUCCUAAUAUAUUUCCCAGCUGCCCUAACUUCCAGUUCCCACCUACCUCCACAGACCUCCUAACAAUCCCGGACAUCAGGAAGUGUUUAUAUCGAGUCACAUUCAAGACCUGGGCUGGCCCCAGGCGAUUUUAUACAGCACAAGAAGUGCUUGAUCAAAUGUCUGUCCCAGGUGACUCUUACUUGGGAUUUCUGGGUGAUUUUGAAAACUAAUGUGUUUUUUAAAGAUAUAAUAAUAGUCUUUGACUUUGUAAAAAAAAUCUAUCUGUAUAGCAUUUUAUUACCAAAUACAGAAAGUGGAGGACCUUCAGCAGUUUUUCAUUUCAGUUCACCAAACUCCCUUCUUGCUUUAAGGCAUGUGCUCUACUUUGGAAGGAAACAGAAACAACACAGAGCCUCCUGCCUGAAUGGUGUCUGCCGCUCACGAACAACCUUCCCUCCCUCUCUCUCAAUGGGCCAAAAAUUAUUGGUGAUCUAAAUUUUGGAUGAAUUUCGUUUGUCCUAUUUUUAACAUUCCACCAUUUGCUGGCUCUGUUAACGUGAUGGAGAGUGUACCUGGUUUAGAUUGUACCUAUAACAUGUAGGCGCCAUGUGGUAGGUGAAAACUGAUCACAACACUUGACAGCCUAGAGAAAGAAAGAAAGUUCCAGGCUCUGUCCCCAAAAGGAAAGGAGAAUGGCAUGCAGCUAAUCGGACGCUUAAGAGCCCUCGCUGCCGCCCCCACCUGUUCUGAUCUUCCUUGCUGCAUGGUAGAUCGGCCUGUGCAGGUGAGAACCGGCCACCAUCUGGCAUGCCAUUUCUACCCACCGUGCCUUUUACCAUCCAAUCUAUUGAAGACGGAUUCCGAAUCCUACAUUGCUGUUGUUACAUGCAAAGCAAAAAGAACGUAUUUAAUUUGAAACCUGGUUCAAAGCUCAAGUAUGGUGUUUUGUUUUGUUUUUUAAGCGCCAGUGCUCCAGCAUCGCAUGCAUGUGGAGAUCUGUAACUGGAUUGCUGGUGUUUCUUAGGACAAGUCAGUCCUGCUUCCCAGCCAGAGUUUCCUGGAGCCAGGGCAUGGCUUCUGCAUGAUGGCUUCAUCACUAAUAGGAAAAGCAGAAGUGUCCUCAGGCCAGUGCCAAGAAGUAUAAGUCAAUGUCUUUCAGCAGCUGACAGACAGGAUGUUGGGCACAGUGUGCCCACACAUUGUUUCUUCUCAGGAUCCAGGGAAAGGGGCGUUUGAAAGAUUUAGGACAAAGUAGGUAGAAACUUGUAGCCAGUCUUAGAGAGGGGAGAGAGAAACACCAGCUUGUAUAAUGUAUGUAAGUUUGCUUAGCCACCUCGUGCACCCCAUUAUUGCCUUUACUGUUCUCCUAGGCAUUGCCAAUAUAGAAAGUACUUUGAGCCGCUUCUGUUAUAUUUGGGAUACUUACUGGUACCCACUGUGCGUGACUUGCCGAUCUAGGCUGUGCUUUUGGUGAUAACUAACCCAUGCCGCGGUGCCAUCGUCCGUGUAAGUCAAAGGCUGCUGUAGAGCCUGUGAGCUGGCUUUGACACUGAAACAGGACCUGUGUGCUAGAUGUGCAUUUUUGCUGAAUGAAGGGUUUGUUCGUAUUAUUUUUAAUACUAUUGUUUGAUUUCUUGUAAAUGCUGUGAAUCUCUAUUUGUCAUUUUGUAUCUGUAUAUUAAAAUUAAUUUGCCAA